GGCAGUUUUACGGCAGGCAUGUGUCUGUGGGGAGCUUGUUGUUAGCGGAAUAGCUGACUGCUUUCGAUAGUGUGAGCUCUUUUCCAACUUGGAAACCAACCUGUCAGAAAGUUGAGGCUUCUACCUUGGACAAAUGGAUGUCGGAGAGCUCCUGAACUAUCAGCCUGAUAGAGGAGCAAAGCGUCCCAGGGGGGAGGAGGAUGGAGGAGCAGGAGGAGAUGAGGACUCCAGAGGAGGGAAGCAGCUGAAAGGGAUGGGUGCUAGAGAGCUGGCAAGAUACAGGGAAGCAGAAGGAGGUGCUGAAAUGAGGGAGACUGAGGAGCUGACGGGGGACAAGAAGAUGAUUCUGGAAAAGCUGAUGGACCAGGAUGAAGAAGAACCUGAGGCAGAGCCGGUCGAUGAGAGCUCAGUGAAGAAAAUGAUCCUGACCUUUGAGAAGAGGUCGUACAAAAACCAGGAACUGAGGAUUAAGUUUCCAGACAAUCCAGAGAAGUUCAUGGAGUCAGAGCUGGAUCUGAAUGACAUUAUCCAGGAAAUGCAUGUGAUUGCUACGAUGCCGGAUCUCUACCACCUGCUGGUGGAGCUGAAUGCUGUCCACUCGUUGCUGGGCCUCCUUAGUCAUGAAAACACUGAUGUUGCUAUAGCUGUGGUGGACCUGCUGCAGGAGCUGACAGAUAUCGACACACUGCACGAGAGCGAGGAGGGCGCUGAGGUCCUCAUAGAUGCUCUGGUGGAAGGUCAAGUGGUUGCCUUGCUGGUGCAGAAUAUGGAGCGUCUGGACGAACAGGUGAAAGAGGAAGCUGAUGGAAUCUAUAACACACUCGCCAUCAUCGAGAACAUGGCAGAGUUCAGACCAGGCAUGUGUACAGAGGCCGCCCAGCAGGGACUCAUGCAGUGGCUGCUCAAGAGAAUCAAGGCAAAGAUGCCUUUUGAUGCUAACAAGCUUUACUGCAGUGAAAUCCUGGCCAUCUUGCUUCAAAACAAUGACAAUACUAGAGAACUACUGGGUGAGAUGGAUGGCAUUGAUGUGUUACUGCAGCAACUAUCUGUGUUCAAGCGUCACAACCCGUCCACAGCUGAAGAGCAGGAAAUGAUGGAGAACCUGUUUGACGCUCUGUGUUCCUGCCUCAUGCUGCCCUCCAAUCGUGACCGCUUCCUCAGAGGAGAAGGGCUUCAACUGAUGAAUCUCAUGCUGAGAGAAAAGAAGAUGUCCCGAACCAGCGCUCUGAAGGUCCUGGACCAUGGGAUGAUUGGACCAGAGGGAGCAGAUAACUGUCAUAAAUUUGUAGACAUCCUGGGUUUGCGAACCAUCUUCCCACUUUUCAUGAAAACCCCCAAGAAGAUGAAGAAAACUGGUGCUUCAGAGAGGGAGCAUGAAGAACACGUCUGCUCCAUCAUCGCCUCCAUGCUGAGAAAUCUCAAGUCCCAACAGAGAAGUAGGCUCCUCAGCAAGUUCACGGAGAACGACUGUGAGAAGGUUGAUCGACUGAUGGAGUUGCAUUUUAAGUACCUCGAGGCUGUUCAACAGGCCGACAAAAGGAUUGAAGGAGAGAAACAUGAGAUGGUCCGCCGUGGGGAGAUCCUGGACGACAGCAUGGAGGAUGAGUUUUACCUUCGCCGCCUGGAUGCAGGGCUCUUUGUUCUUCAGCUGAUCUGCUACAUUAUGGUGGAGAUCAGCAACUCGGGAAUCUCACAGCUUCAACAGAGGGUCCAACAAAUUCUCAACCUAAGAGGAGGCUCUGUCAAAGUAGUGCGGCACGUCAUGAGAGAGUACGCCGAAAGCAUUGGAGAUGGAAAGAGUGACGAGUUCAAAGAGGCCGAGCGGAAGAGGAUCAUGGACCUUGUAGACAACUUUUAAGCUAACUUUUUCAAACCCACAUGCUUUCCCACCCUCAAACCUCAGAGAACAUCAGCAUCAAUGGUUAAAUGAAAAGAAACAGCUAAAAAUGUUCAAUUUUGAGGGGUUAAGAAAAGGACGCGCCUAUGACAAACAAUUUAAAAUUAUAGCCCUAAGUUACCUUUUUUUGUUUGUUUUUUUUUAAAUCCUUUUUUGUUUAACAAACACAGUCCUGUAUGUGUCAGAGAAUUGGUUCGGUUCCAAUGAAGACGCUCACUGCAGACACAGUGGGAGUUGAGCUUGGAGAGCAGAAAAUUGUAUCUUGACUGAAACAGCCAGCCAGCAUGAGAUGUACUCGCAGCAACAGUGCUGUUUUUUUCUCUGUACUGUGGUGUUGAACACUGCAGGAUAAUUGUGGACACAAAUCUCAAUAUUCCACCCCCACCCCCCAAACUUUUUACCUGGCUAGUUUUUGUUUUGUUUGGGUUUUUUUUUUUUUUUUUGA